AUGCAAGGAAGGUGCGGAGGCUGCAUUCUUAUUGUUGUGCCCCGUAUGGAGUACAUACGCAGUAGUAACUCAACACCUCAAGAACGAGGGGCUGUGGUGGAUAAGGGAGGACAGGUUGAUCACCAGGUCCAUCAUAUCACAUGCGAGACCAUGCCUGUGCAGCCCCGCGCGGAUCCGAUAAGAGAUGUCGGAUCUGACGAGCUGCGAGCACAACAAAUGAGAGCACGGCGGGGCUUGCUCUUGCUGGCGUCAGACGUAGGUACUGAGAUUGAUAAAGUGCAAUGUGACGGAAAAGCAGUGCAAGUGGGAUUCGUGAAUCAAGCCUUAUCUGGAACUAACAACGAUAUACGGAUACUGUGGGCAAGGCUCUUUCUGGAGGGUCCUGGACGGCCAUGGAGGGAGAUAUCGCGGACCUACCAAUUUCUCCAAAGUUCAGGAACAAAGAUGCCGGGCUUAUUCAGAAAAGCGACAGGUCGAUAG